AUGCAUCUUGAGGGUUUAGUCGCGGUGACGAUCAUCGUGACGGUCAUAACGGUCGUACUUGUCGUCUCUGUAUCUGUCUCUGUCGCGGUCGUCACGGCCGCCUCCACCGUAUCUGUCGUCGCGACUAUAUCUGUCAUCACGACUGCUGUCGUAACGGUCAUCUCGUCCGCCUCCACCACCUCCACCGUAUCCUCUGUCGUCGCGACUAUAUCUAUCAUCACGGCUGCUGUAGCCGCGGUCAUCGCGGCCGCCACCUCCACCACCUCCACCGUAUCCUCUGUCAUCGCGGCCACCUCCACCGUACCUAUCAUCGCGGCCGCCUCCACCGUAUCCUCUGUCGUCACGACCGCCGCCUCCACCUCCGUACCUAUCCUCGCGAUCCCUAUCAUAUCUAUCAUAUGGGCUGUAUCUUGUUGA